AUGAUUGGCAAGGUCCCCAAGUCUCCGCCACGGAAAGUUGGAUCAGCGGCCUCCGGGAGUGGGACCGCUGUUCAGCUAUCGUCAAAACAGCCUCCUCCGACCCAUUCGCCAAACUCCAACUAUUCCGUUCAGCUGACAGCCCUCCUCACCGACACACCCAUUCCUUCUGACAUUAUCGUUCUUGUCGACAACCAUUCGCCAACUGCUAUGGUCGACACUGGUGUCGACGACUCCGUUAUCAGCGCUGAGCUUAUGGCUGAAAUCAGAAAGGUUAAGACUCCAUGGGCGCAUGGACCAAACCUUCAGACAGAAGGAGGUCACCUCUUGACACCAAUAGCAAGACGCACCACAAGGCUACAAAUUUACAUCAUUCCUGUGACUGUGGCGAUGGACGUGGAUUCGCCUAGUUUUCCACCCCAACCAUCCAAGUCGUCUGCAGCUGCUACGAGAAAGAGUAGCCGCCACCCGAGUGAUGCCAAGAGCGAGAACACGCUGAUUUUCUCUACGGCCAGUGACGGAAACUACGACGAGGGUGACUUCGUGCCUGUGACAAGGCGUCAACCAAAGAGAAGACUGAUCAUGCCAUCUCCUGCAAGAAGUAACAAUGCUACGAAGACGCGAGAGCCUCUGAUUCAGACGAGCCUGUUUGUGCCGAUCGAUGUGGCUCAUAGUCUCAACCGGCUCAAUCGUCAAAUUACGUCUAGGUCUCUUGAGGCACUCGCCCAGGGACAGAUCGUGGAUGUGUGGACUCAUGGCUGUAAAAAUAUUCUCGUCAUAGACACCACUCAACGACGCACACUGGAAGUUUUGAGCAACGUCAAGGUGUUGGAGGGCAUCAACGUUCGCUUCUACUUACCUGAUGGCCGUGAUUUUACUGCAGGCGUCAUUUAUGAUGUCGACAGUGCCAUCAGCGAAAUUCACUUUCCAGCUCUCAUCAAACCGGUGUCUGUAGAACUUACCAUACUGCAAGCCUGUCGCCUUGGCAAAUCAUGCUGUGUGAAACUCGUGUUCAAGGGAGACAGCCUUCCAUCGCAAGUCAAGAGGGCCGAUAUGCCAGCCCUAGGAAUAUGCCUGGUGAUUGCCUCCCAGAAACGGGGUUUUGACGGGGUGUACAAGAAGCAGAGUCCCAACAGCCGACUGACGCUGUACCUGAGCACACGAGAGUUCGUGCACGCGCCAAGCCAGGCCAGUGUGAGUGCCAUAGAUGGCGUCGUGCUAGUGGACCCAACGUACCUCAAAGAUCGGCGCGUCUACGCCAUGGUGCUGCUUACAUUUCGCUAUGGACGAGAAGACGAGGAGGUCAUGGGACUCAAGUUUUUUACCGAGGCCAUUCUGGACUUUAAGCAGGUCUAUCCUGAGCCAACCACCACGUCGACGAGUGGCAAUGCAAGUGGCGCCACGGGCGGCACCGAUGGCAGCGUGGCGGCCCGCGCGCUGGGCUGCGCCAGUGGUGGCACCGAGACGACCGAAGAUGAGCUGACGCCGUUGCAGCGUAACCUGCUCAAGAAGCUGGGCAACGACGCUUACCCGUUGACGCUCCGCAUCUCGCCGCAGGCACCGCCUUCGGUGCGCCUGCACCCGGCAAGGCCGUACCAGGGAAGCCCCCUGGGCGUCUCCUACGACCUCAAGGUUUACAUAGGCGAACGGUCGGACGAGAAGCCGCACAAGCGCAACACCGUGCGCAUGGCCCUCCGCUGCGUGCAGUACGCGGACGCGGCGCCCGACGCGUUGGCUGUGCAGCCGCCCUCAGCCAGCGUGCGCAAGACGUUCGUAUUCUGCCCCGGCCGCUUGGACCUGCAGGCGUCGCUGGACCGAGAAACGUACCACCAGGGAGACGUGGUGCGCAUCCACGUCACCAUGAACAACGGUUCCUCCAAGACGGUGCAACGUCUUAAGGUGGCCGUCCUGCAGCACGUGCACGUCUGCAUGUUCACGCACGGCCGAUUCAAGAAUCUGAUUGGCAGCGCAGACACGGGUCCCGGCCGCACCGUGCUUCCGGGCACCACCGCGUCGCGCGACUUCGAGGUGCGCCUUCAGAGCUGCGAGAAGUUCCCCGUGGCGCUGGCCGUGGAGAGCGAGUUUCAUGAGGACGACGUGAACACGUACAACCUUUCGUCGACCACAGUGCUACUGAACCCACGCGAUAAGAACCCCUACGGGGUCAAUGUUAGCUACGAGGUCAAGGUCAAGGCCAUCCUGAGUUGUAUCGACCGGCCCCUCGUGGUACGCUUGCCAUUUCGAAUCAUGCUCCCACGGCCUCCGCAGCAUGGUGCGAACCGCACGCCACUCCCCUCGGCACUCCAGCCCGACGACUCUGUGGACUCUGUCGCCGACUGCGUCUCCGAGGACAUUGCCAAGCUGACCAUCGACAGCCGAGCCGACACCUAGAGACAGUGCGUGCGCUUGGAACCACCCUCCGCUUGAAUGACCGGUGUUGGUUUCGGCUCGUCAGAGCGGCGUGGCUUUGCCAUAGAGUAAUGUAAAAGGUUACUCUGUGGCCUUGCUUGCUCAAUUCGGGUCAACGAGUUGCAUGUAGUCGGUGUCAGCUUGAUCGCGCGGAAGCUGGGAGUGAUCCAACAGGAAGCGAUUCCCAUGGCGUGGUGUUCCUUUUGCAUGGGUGCGGCAAUCCUGAAAGCGCUUAGCUUCAGGACUACGCCUGUAAAGCACGUUCAGUCUGCACUCAGGAACACGAUGAAGUCACUAAUCUCCAUCCAGUACAAUUGGUAAUCGACACUGCAGUGACGAUUGAUCUGAAUUCAGCGCGAGUUACAGUUGCAUAUAUGACGGCACUGCUUUUAAAGGUUCCUUACACUUCAUUAUAUAGAAUUGCUACUCAGCUCUCAGCAGGACACUGUUGAAAUUUUAUAGAAUAUUUUUAUGCUGCUUUAUCUUAACCAAGGUUAUUUUACUUUCUUUAUUGUAUGCAGUCACCAAAUAAAUAAACAAAAAAUUACAAUCGUUACCCGACCACCAUGUAUCCUAAAUCUGGAGUUUCUACGCACUUCAGCCUCCUCUCUAUGAACCACGAGCUUCACGAAAUUUUGUAUUGUGUAAAUACAGUAAAAUAGAAUUGUGUGUGACAACCACAAUGAAAGAUUCUCAUCUGUGGAGUAGUGGCCUGCCAUUUAUAGUUUUUUAAGUGGCACUCAGUUACUUCUUUAGUGGUAAACAAUUGCUGUAAAAUAAUGCUGCUUAUAAAAAACUCUCAUUGCGUUACCAGGGAUUCAAUUCGCAUCGUUUCUGAGAUCGCAGGUGCUCUUUGCCAUUGGCUUUUAUAAAUGAUAUAUCGAGCAUCAAGAGUGGCGCACAUUUUCUCUAACUAAAACUUCCAGCCUAGUACGUGAGUAUUGAAUACGGGCCCAAUAGUACCGAAAGUUAUAUGAAACAACGCGUUGUUCUAGGCCAAGACUUUUCAAGUGCCACAGAAGCUGCGUAGUUGUAGAGACAUCAGGGAUAUAAUACUUUAAAGCGUAAAUAUUUUUAACAUAGAGACUGACCACAUCCGAGCUGUGUAGCACCACAGCAAGACUGAAAUUCGAUGACCGCUGGCCACACAUUAUUAUGCAGGUCCAAUAAAUUGAGCGGCAUCAAUUGCUUCAGUAAUACAUGCUGGAUUGUUUAUUUUGUAUUAUUGAAAAAUGUUAGCCUCCCACGUACUACUACAGAUAUGAAAUCUGUAUUCACGCGAGACUACUAGUUUUGAAUGUUACCCUCUUCGGAAUAAUUGUUCACUCGUUAUCUCUAACGAGCCCACUGCUGAAACCGCUACACUACAUAGUGCAUGGAAAAUUUUCGGUAUAUGUAGGAAACCCUACGCACAUGCAAGAGGUCGCCGCUUACACAUGCGAUCAAUGAAGGGAUGGUAAAAGUAAUGUGUAUUAAAGAAUAUUUAUUCCGCAAAACGCGAUAAAAGCGAGACACAGCAUUAAAAUAACGCGCACCGAAGAGCCGCAGGGCCGUUGGAGGGGAGUCUUAAUAACUCAGCAGCGAAAACAAAAAUAUGCUGCGUGUCUUGCACAACUGAUGUUUCGCGUCUGCCCACCCAUGCAAUAACGUUUCGGACAAUCAAGCUGGCACCGCUCGUGAAAACUUUAUGGGCAAGCAACUGUCAAGGGGACUCUGAAGUGUGCUGCAGAGGCGUUUUCCCACCGGCGCCGCGCCGGCUUGUACAAAUAAAUGCUGCCAUCACGUUUUCUUAGCGUGAUACGCGUAUUAUCUCAUGGCUGUGCACCACAAAAAGCUACAGCCACUAAACGGCCGCAAAUUGAUACGGGAAC